AUGAGUAAGAAACUUGGACGGCUCUCACCCCGUCGGGCACAUGAGGGAAUGUGUGUGUGUAUGUGUCUGUGUCUAUCUGUCACGCCAGGGGAUUGCGAGAGAGCUCCUCACUUCUCCUCCAAGUACAGUGUGGAAAAGGUGUGGCCCCUGUCUGAUGAUGAAGGCGGCCCGAGCUGGCCACACGGCAGCCAGAUCAACGUCACGUGCUCUUACCACCAUGCACCCGAGUACCACCGUGAAGCGCAUGCAGCUUCUUAUGAGCUGCUGGAGUGUCUCGAUGGAUCCUUCGCCCACAGCAUGCUUCGCUGCGGACGUGAGACUGCCCGCCCCACGUCUAACCAAUGAAUGCGAGACAGGCAAUAAGCGCUGCCCUGCCUGUGUGGUGUGAGUGUCUCUGCAGGUGUGUGUGCAUCUGACGUGCCUGAGUCGCGGGGCUAUGUGAUAGACUCACCGGACAGACAUACACACUGGCCAAUGGCCGGCGAGGUGGCCCCGGGUGUGUCGAGGAGAAUCCGGUGUGACAAUACCAAGAGAUACUUCCCUGUGGAGGGAAGUGACCAUCAAAAGGCUGAGGAGGACACAAUCCAAUGCGUUGACGGCACCUGGACCGCCGCAUCCAUUUUCUGCCGACGUACGUGAGAAGGCAGACCUAACUGGACACUUUGACUGUCAGUGCAUAUACGCUUACCGUUCCCUUCAUCUUUCUGUGGUGAGGCUCUUGUCCCUUCCUUUAUCUUGCUGCUGACGAGAACGCCCCUUCCCGGCCCAAUACCCAUUACGUCCCCUACCAAUACGACGUGGCCAGCCCCCACAACACCACCGCCGACCUCUUCUCCACCGCUGCAUUCGGUGAGGGCAUCGAUGUUGCGACAUUACCUCGUCAUGGCUCCGAGGUGACCCUCAAGUGCCGUUCUUCUGACCUUCCUGGCGAGUCGUGGACACCAGCAUAUUCCGACAAGGAUGCAGCAGGUGUAACGGUGACGAUCAGGUGCACUGAUGGGGCAUGGUCGCCCAUCACGCUAUCUGGCGCGAGUAAGGAAAUAUAAGAGACAAGACAGGUGAAGCGCGGUUGUCUCGCCAAUGCGGUCGCUUGUUCAGAGGAUUGCACUACGGAUGAUCUCAAGGAGAGGCUUGGACGACUGAUGGCCAUGCAUGCCAGUGAAGACACUGCAGGCGAAGGAGGCGAGGCACUGGAUACGGAGAAGUCCCAUCGGUUGAGCAUGGGGAGCGUGUCAUCGUUGCCUGCGGGGACAAUGCCUCCUACCCCGUCGACUGCCACCAAGAGACAUCACUGCCAUCGGAUGAGAGAGAAGAGAUCACGUGCACCAACGGCACGUUUGCACCCAUAA